CCAUCCCCACAUCUUAAGUAAAAUUAUACGGGGUGUUGUCUCUUGUUUUGGCCAUUUAUAUAAAUCCGAGGUGGAUUUCUUUGGUCACCGCAUUCAGCGAGCAAAAACGCGAAGGUGCGCCCAGAGUCAUACGCACCAUGGCUUCAAUUAUUUUUGGCGCACUACUGCUUUGUACGGUUGUGGUUUAUUCCGGAGCUACUUUUGGUGGGAAAGAACAUGUGCAUAUUAAAAUCCACGUUCCCGAGCCAGCCUCCAGCCACAAAGUCGUUAAGCAAAUAGUGAUUCAUGAUCAUGGCGGAGGACAUGGCGGAGGAGGAGGAGGUGGUGGAGGAUAUGGAGGAGGUGGAGGAAUUGGCGGAGGACACGAUGAUCAUCACGGAGGAGGCGGUGGUGGUGGAUUUGGAGGAGGUUUUGGAGGAGGAUUUGAAGACCACCACGGCGGCGGAGGUGGAGGUGGUUACGGAGGAGGCGGCGGAUUCGGUGGAGGAUUUGAUGACCACCACGGUGGCGGCGGAUUUGGAGGUGGCGGUGGAUUUGGCGAUGGAGGAUUUGGUGGCGGUCACAGUGACCAUCAUGGAGGCGGCGGUGGUUACGGAGGAGGAGGAGGAGGCGGAGGUGGCCAUGGAGACAGUGUAACCUAUACAAUUGCGUUGAAAGAUCAUGGAGGUGGUGGAGGAGGAGGCGGAGGAUAUGGAGGUGGUCACGGCGGUGGUCAUGGAGGCGGCUAUGGUGGAGGUGGAGGAUAUGGUGGUGGUGGAGGACAUGGAGGAGGCCAUGGAGGUGGUCAUGGCGGUGGUGGCGAUAUCCAACUAAUUCAGUUACACGGUGGAGAUCCUCUACCUAGUGGAGGUAACUGAAUUUUGAGAAAUUUUCAAGCAAUAACUACUUACUUCUCCAUCGCAUGACAUUUGCAGUUUUUCUCGAUAAGAUUGCGGAUGCAAUAGCUUAAUGUUUCCCGCAAUGAAAACCUUUUAUUAUUUUUAGGUGGAGGAUAUGGAGGAGGUGGAGGAUAUGGAGGAGGUGGAGGAUUUGGAGUAGGCGGCGGCCAUGAUGAUCACCAUGGAGGAGGCGGCGGAGGCUUUGGAGGCGGAGGUGGAUUUGGUGGAGGUUUAGACGACCACCAUGGUGGCGGUGGAGGAGGAUAUGGAGGCGGCGGCGGAUUUGGCGGAGGUAAGUUCUUGAGCAAUUUUUGAUGCCAAUAAAAUUUACUUUACAUGAGCAAACUGAAUUGCGUUCAUACAGUUUCUUGUGUAUCCGUAGGAGGAGGUUUUGGAGGUGACGACCACCACGGCGGUGGUGGAGGCGGAUAUGGAGGCGGCGGUGGUUUCGGAGGCGGUGGAGGCUUCGGAGGUGACGAUCACCACGGAAGUGGCGGAGGAGGUUACGGCGGCGGCGGCGGAUUUGGCGGAGGUUUGAAUUGUUUCUAUUCUUAAAAAAUUACUCAACACUCUUGUUUGGCUUUGAGAAUUCCAUUUUCACAUUAAGUCCUAUUAGUAAACGGCAGUCCCAAACGCCGUAACAGCUCGGAAAAACAUUUACUUGAAUUGAAAAAGUAAAGAUGUUUCAAAGUUUUGCUAGCUAAAAUGUAUUUCAUAUUUAUCGGAUGACUGCUAAGUGAUAUGCUGAAUUAUGAUGAAUGAUUCAAGAUGCUGUACCGAAUG